UGUGCCAGGGGGGAGAAGUCAGAAGUAGAGCGGCUACUAUUUCUAGAGUACCCUUGUACGGGAGGUAGACAACACAGGGGGAUGCUGCUUGCGAGCGUCUCUGCUGCCAGGCUCAGUGCUCUCUGCACGUGAUGAGAGAAGGAACGUUACUCUCAACAUGGGCAAACUUAAAGUGUUCAGUAUCACCUUUGACAACAGUAAAGGAGUUUACUUUGCAGGGGAAGUGCUCAGGGGUCAGAUUACCGUGGACCUGAAUGAGCCCAUGAAAAUGAGAGAACUCCGGCUGACGUGUCUGGGCCGAGCUUAUGUGCAUUGGUCGGAGCUGGAGAACGUAGGGCGACGUGGGGGACGUCAACGUCUGGAGACGGUGGAGUACUCAGCGGAGGAGGGCUACUUCAAACACAGGUUCAGACUGUGGGGCAAAGACGUGCGAGGCGAGGAUACAAACUGUUUGCAGCCGGGCCACCACACCUUCCCCUUCGACCUGUUGUUGCCAGCGACGUUACCGUCGUCGUUCGAAGGCAGCUACGGUUACAUCCGGUACUGGGUGAAAGGUACCAUCGACAAACCCUGGAAGUUUGACCAUCACUGUAAAAAGGCUUUCACUGUCAUAGCUAACCUGGACCUCAACAAGGAGGCGCGUGCUGCGGACCCUAUCCGGUGUGAGGGGGAGGUGAACGCAGGGUGCUGGUUGUGCAAGUGUGGUGGGUACAGCGCCAUCUUCUGCACCAACUGCCGGGGGUGCGUCCCGGGGGAGGUGCUCCUCCUGUACACAGAAGUCGAGAACCAUACACGGUGGUCCAACUGCUCAGCGGAGAUCAGGCUCAAACUGGUGAUGUCGUACCACGCAGAUCGAAAGUCCCGCCAGGAGAAGAAAGUGAUAACGAGGCUAAAACGUGAUCGAUUGAGCACGGGGAAUGAAGACAUCUGGACUGAAGCGUUUACUAUCCCCCCUCUUCCCCCGUCUCAUCUCGCAGGCUGCAGCAUCAUAGAUACCAAAUAUGUAUUACAGUUCAUCUGUGAGACUGAUGGAUGUAAUUGUGACGCGAUAGAGUUUGACAAGGAAAUAAUUAUCGGCACCAUCCCCAUGUGUGGGCCCACCCCAGGGACCUUCAUGCCCCACCCCCUACCCGUCGAGCCACCACCCUACUACACGCCCUUCUCAUCCAAAGACACAGUUGCAGUAGCAGCAGCGAAAGCAAAGAAAACCAAACUCAUUCAGCAAUUGCCACCUAGCUACGAGGAGUGUGUCUUCGGUCGUGUCAACAUUAAAGACAAGGACGACACCGACUACACCCAGGGCGACCUCGUCUUCACCCCUAUGUAUGCAUAUUACGACAUGGCCGACCAAACAAGGGACGAUACUGAUGAUUAGAACGAUCAUUCGGGGGUAGUCGGGUAUAUUAGCGAUUUUCAAAACGAGGUUUGGCAAAUUCAUUAAAACGAGGCUGACAUACCAUCUGAUGUUGGCGGUGUUACCGUACUUGAGUAAAAACAAUUUGUCAUAUGAUGGCUAAAGCUGAAAGGUCGGCGUAAUUUCGGUAUUUUCAGAAACUUUAUGUCACUUCAAGUUAUUUUUAAUGUGACUUUUUUAUGUAUAUUUAAUCAACCUUAUCAGGAAAAAGGUUAAGUGCUGAAUUAUUUGCGUUGAAGAUGCGCAUGUCAAGUAAUGGAAUUCCUGACAGAAGCAGAAAAAGGCGACGCUCUCCGUUACAAGACAGGACCCCGUGAUUGACAGGACCGUUUGGCGAGCCAAGUCGAGGCUGGGAUGAGAAUAGGUUUUGUCAGAAGAACAAUUCUGUAGAAAUAUGGCUUUUUAUCGCCAUUGAGCAAUCUCCCAACAUCAGAAGCAAAGCUAUAGCAGCUGUUGUAGGAAGUAGUUACUUGUAACGGAAUCCAGUUAAUUCUGUUCCCUCGUCUUUAUUUUCUGGUAAGAGGAUCUGCUCAUCUCACGGCAACAUCUGCCCCUAUAUUAGGAGGUAUUGUUUGUAGAUUCCAUGUAACAUAUAUCUUACCUCGAAUUUAAUGUUUCGUAUGUUAUGGUAUCUUAUGCUUUAACAUAACGGGAGUCACGUACACGUAUAAGAUAGUGGACAUACGAAUAUGAAUUGUUUACUGAAUGCAGAAUUAUAGUGUUUACUUUUCAACCUGUAAAUAUUGGACAGAUAGUAUAUGAAGCAUAUCUUAGUUCAUAUGUUAAGUUCGCCAAACCGUGUAUGAUUUUCUAAAUUAAUUAAUAUAACCGUCAUGUGACCAGUGAUAAAAUGAUACGACAUUCAUAUUGUACAGUUAUAUUUUGAACAAUCGUAUUUUGUACUGGUAAAAUGUAACAAUACAAACAUGUUAUGCAUGUAGAGUCAUACAUGUAGAGAUAGACCGUUUAGGCUCCUUAAAGACACGUCGCCUUAAGCCUAUCAUGUCGAACCGUAUUUUACCUAUAAAACAACCCCAUCAGUAUGUCAACGUAUGUGUUCUGAACGACUUUCACUUAGUCCAGUGUUCCGUUGUUCGCUGAUUGAGUCGACGUCCUUCUAUUGCAAAGAUUACAAAGGUGCAUAAAGGUAUUUUUAUCUAACGUUUAUGUAAGCAUACAAGACGCGAUGUUUAUUUAACCGUGCAUGGAAAAUACUCUUUUCUGAAUAGUCAAUCAGAGGUUUCAAAUCACUAUAAACACCUCUGAUUAAACAGAUAUUUUGACAACGCAUCACCGCGAGAGCUAAUAUUUACAGAAAAGAACUUGUCGAUUGCGAAGUAAUGAUAUGUACAUUUACAGAGUACGGAAUGCAUAGUUUUAGUAAAUACAUAACAAAACGUACAACUGUUUGGAUAACAACUUUUGAUUUAUUGGAUGUAGCGAUGUUUCGAUGUUGGUUCUUACAUUCUUCUUCAAAGCCAAUCCAACAAUUUAGUUAUUACAAUUUUCCAAGUAUUUGUGGCAAUAGAUCUCAGAAAGAAAUCGACUGAGAGUGUGUAUUUCAGGUUUAAGGGAAAACAAUGACCUUGAAUGCGUCGCCUUCGUAUACCCGACUAUUAUAUUUCUAUAUCUGGGAUCGACCGGAUUAACAAAUGUCCGAAUUAGAGAAUCAUAUACGGAGCAAUAUCACCUUGUAAUCGCGGGGUUUCCAGAUUAACGGGGUCCGGCCUUUGGAGAUUUCACUGUGUAUAGGUCUGUCAGUCCUCGAUGUACCUGAGUUCACGUCGCAAUAGUUUCUCCAUUCGACAUCUCAUCUAAUUGGAGACUCCGUUCACUACUUACCUUCCUGACACGAUCCUCGGUCAUCAACGUCAACGUCAACAGCAACGGUGUCAGCGACCUACGUCAACUGUCAGAGACACAUGUGGGAGUAAAACUAUUUUAUCAUCGUAGACAUCAAGUGCACGUUGGCAGCAUUCGUGACCACUCGUGUCAUUACGGAAAAAGCCACAUCGGUUACGGAAUAAUGCGAGUGGAGAUGAAGCCGUCGGCUGUAUAUACAUCGGAACACAUCGGCCGUGUCCGGAAUGUCAGUAUACCAUGUACAUUUAUUAUGAUAUAUUUACCCACCAUUCCUCUUUACCUAUUUCCUGUGAUGAAGAGUGCAAAUGUUUUAUCAUGUUGGCCUGGUAACGACAUCCAAAGCGUCAUUUACACAUUCUUUCUUUACACGCCUUGCUGGAUAGGAUGUCAUGGCUGACUAUUCUGCUCGGAACAGUUACAAGGAAUUAUAUUGUUUACUGUUUGUGGUUCAUCAACACAAAUCCGUACCUUGCCUUUUUACGUCUCAGCUUUUCACAAAAGAGCUGACAUUUCAAUGUUUUUAAAAGCAUAACAUACUUCAGCGUUUAGACCUAUUUGGUAAGAGAUAUUGGCUAUACAUCUAUUUCUUUAAUAAAAAAAAUGAUUGUUUACACAUUACCAUUAUGUUUUAUAUAAUGGCAUUGUUUAUUCUGCUAUACUGACCGUGGCGUUUGCAACAGCGGAUCCGAUGUCACAACUUCAACUAUCGUGCGUACAGUGAAACCUCGGUCAUCCGGACACCGCGUUCCGGGCAAAUACCGUAAAGGACCGUCCACAUUAACAAAAUGACCUUCUCUGUGACCUUGCCUCGUCAUUUGGAUUUUUGUAUGUCUCGCAUUCAUUCGGAAAGGUGCCGUCCGGAAUAAAGAGGUUUCACUGUGUGUGGAAACGUGCAUUGUAGCUCUACAUCUACGUCGUUGCUAUCGUCUACGGUCAUAAGCUUAUUGUAAUCAUCCUGUAUUCCAUAGUGAAUAAUACCUUUAAGAAACACGGUAUUAAUAUAAUGAUUGUAAACACUAGUUUAUCAUCAUGAGGCUGGAAUUAUAGAAAUAUUCGCAUUUAGAAGAAAACAUUAGCAUUCUUAGCUAACAGUGACGUUCAUGAAAGGGGUAAACGUCAAGGACAGCGUCAGUUUAGUCCUCUCAAACUACGUUUUCGUGCACAUAUAUAUUAUGGCAGAGACCAUAUACCGGUAUAUGGUCUCUGAUUAUGGCAAUAUUAAUGAGAAUGUUCAAAGCGGCUUACACCAAAUCUCUCACUCAAAUGUAGGAUUCAUGGGAGACUGCUUCCACCGAAGGGCUUACAACAGGUAGCGUCCUAUAGAACUUGGCCGUUCGACAAAGUGAUUUUAGCGCUUCAUUAACAAAGACUUUCGAAACAUCGUAGGGCUAAGGUCUCUGUUCGGAACAUGGCCCUGGGCGGCAUCCACAAAGCCUUCUUCGGACUACGACUGUAAACCAGUGUUAAGGUUUGGGCGUUACGAUCGACAUAGUGCUCAGAUCGCUUUGUGGACGUGGCCCCGGGUAGCAGGUGUUCUAUUUCUUACAGUCCAUGUGUUCACACAUUGACAAUAUAUAGUUUAGCCUUAGUUCCAGCAACUCUGAGGCAUUGCUCUACAUGUUGGACAGCUGUCUCUCUGCCUUCUGAUUUUAUUUGUAAAUAACACAGCAAGUACCCAUUGCAAUGCAAAGAUCAUUGAGUUUUAUUUAUGUAUAUUAAUAAUCUUUCUGUGUAAUUCUAUAAUCGUAUAUGGGAUAUAUCAUUAAUCGUGUCAAUAUAUUAUGAUGAAUAUUUUUGAAAAUAUUUGAAAACAAUCUGUAUUUUAUGAAAGUUGACAUGUUACUGAAUGAAACGCUAUUUUCUUUCACUUUUAUAUGCUAAAAUGUUUACGUACUAAUAAAAAUAAUAAAACACAACGACAGUUGUCCUGUUUGUGCGUGAAGCUAUCAAUAAGCGUUACGGUCUACGCUGCUUGUAUCAUUCAACCUGGUUCCAAGCACGAGGAGAAUUCAGCGGCGCGUUCCACUGCACUGGGAUCGCAUAUCCUACAAGCGUUAAAUACACAUAAAGAUAGCACAUGGCAUGACCUGCUGAAAGUGAGGUUUAAAAUAGUUUUCUGUAGUUUUCAGGAAUAGUCUCGCGAAAUAUUACAUAUCCUUGUGGAAUUUUAUUUAAGAAAAGUAACAGGCGCAAUAAUGGGUUUGGUGACUGCAGCUCUACACACGAGUUCCAGCUGGAAUUCAUUCGUCUUCUUGUGUUAAGCUAGAGAUGUUAUUUUAUAUUUUCUUAACAUACGAAACUUGGUGUAUUUGCUGUUUGAGUUGGCGAGAUUCCUAUCAGUUGUACACAUCCCCGAUCUUCACCUAGGGCACGGUGAUAUGAAUCUAAAACGACUCGAAAGGAAUAUGCGUUUUAUUCAGUUUCCAUAGCAACAGUAGGUGAUAGUAAAUAUAAUUCACCUCAUGAAUUUUUACUUUCACGCGUCUUAACUGUUAACGAGGUCAAUUUAUAGCUGCGUUCAGAAUCAUAAAACACAACCCCGACUUGGGUGCCUGCGUGACCGUGACGGAACGGCGCGAUAGGCUAAAGCAAGAAAAGUAUGAAACGGUUGUAGCGUUAUGCCUAUCGGAGCCCCCAUACUUAAACGGUGUCAGCCCACUUUACCUAUUAUAUCCACAUACCUACCAAAUAUAUGUUAGGCGAUGUGAGAUGAUAUCGAUCAACUAUUGACUGAAAUCUUAAUAUAUUCACAAAUAUAUCUGUAUUACUGUAACUAUAUAUAACUAUUAUCCCAUAUCGUAUCAGCAUUUCGUGAAAGGUGAUUAUAAUAAGAACAUCCAUAUAACAUUUGCGCUACAUUAUUCCUUAAAGCAUAACAUCACCAGGCACAAGAAAAGUUACACUAAGAUAUUUUUGGUGUGUUUCGUUCCGAUAUGCUGACUCUUGAACAGGCGCCAUAAAAAUCACGACGAUUGUUGACUAGAAAGUACAAAAAAUAUUCUCCCACGUGUGAUGCACUUGACGGCUUGCACGCGCCGAUGUGAUAUGGGAAUGCACUGUGCAUAUCUCCUGCAUCUCGAACCAGGCGAUGUCUUAACGAGAUGGGGUCGGGUCGAGUCGUUGUGAUACUAUACAGUCCACACAACCUUCAAGACGGUGAAAUAAAGCUUAAUACAUCAAACCCAGAGAUACAUUCCCGACCGUACAGGUAUAUAACUGCCAUGCUUGACUGACAGCCACAAAACCAAACAGCUGUUUUCAUGCACCAAGGGAUGGCUGAAGCUAUAAACAUCGUGUGAUAAUUAACCUGGAGCAGUGGGAACAUAUAAAUUAUUAAUGUAUGAUAAUGAGGUAGUAUAAAAUGAUUAUCAUAACCAUUAAUAAGAAUUUAUCUAGUAAACAAAAUUAAGAAGAACAUUUGUUUCUCCUCAGCUCCAUUGCUUCAAAUAACCGUUCAGAUAGUGUGAAGCGGCUUAUAGUCCCUUCAGUAUUGUUGAGGAUAUGUAAUGUGACACACAUUCUUUUUCUUGUCAAAUCCAUUGUGUUAUUUUCGAAAUGUACAGCUAAACCUUCUUGUUGUUUAUAUCCUCUGCAUAUAAAGGUGAUUAUACACUGAUUGGCGUUUUGAUGGCUCAGUUUGACAGCUGUCAUCUUAUCAAUAAUCAAUGACAUUUAUAUUUCUCCCGUUUGAUAAUGCCAGGACACCGCCUAAUUCCUUUCUUUGUAUGACAUUUUCAUUUUCAUGGAUUGUUACCUGACAAAAUUAAUCAGUUGUAAAAUAUCUCCCAGAAAGAAUUCAUUCAUUGCCUCGUCGUAUAUGAACAUUUCCACAACUUUAAAAGCCAAUCCAGAAAAUAUUUUUUUUGUUUUAUCAAAAGAAUUAUAUAUUUCAUAUAAAGAAAAGAAUACUAAAUACACAAUAUGUCAAAAUAUAAUAUGUUUACGACUCAAGAACCUCUUUUACUAACUAAAUUAUGCAUGAAUUUAUGUACAUUUUACUAAUUAUGAAUAAAUUAUUAAUUAUUAAUGUAAACAAAAAUCUCGAUCCUUUCUCCUUACA